AUGUUCCGAUCCCUAUAUUCGCAUACCUCUGGGCGGGUGAAUGUAUUAUGGACUAUACAAAAGGUGGUGUCAGACAAGGAUUUCCAUUCUUGUUCAACUUCAUCAUCGAUGGGGGCGAGAUGGCUCAAGUGGUUAGAGCGCGAAUUUACUGACCGGAAGGUCCGUGGUUCGAACCCGACCUCCGCCACUCGACUUCCCCUGUCUAGGCUUGGGCAACCUGACAGUAUCCCAGCCCUCGUGCUCCCUUCGGAGACUGGACCUUACCGUGGUGUGACGGUUUGCGCACCUCAGCGAUCCAUUGAGCUAUACUGGAGAGUGUCCGCGACACUCACAGAGUCUCUCAUACCAGGUUGGUCAAUGAUUGUGGAAAACUUUACAUACCUCGGUAGUAGUAUUAACUCUGACGGAAGUGUGUCUGAUGAAGUCAGUACAAAAAUCUCAAAGGCUCGAAUCACGUUUGCUAAUUUGCGUAACUUGUGGCGUCAAAAAGGCAUCUCAGUAGAUCUUAAGGGUCGUGUGUACCAGGCUGCAUUAAGGGCUUUGUUGUAUGGGUGCGAGACAACCUCUGCGAACAGAUGA